AUUCUCAUCUCAUUAUUGCUUAGACCCCCGCUAACGAAUACAGAAGAUGAAGUUGAGCCACGAGACUUUUGUCGCUCCUGCUGCUGCAGCACCUCCAUUCCCAUGCUCUUCUUUCGAUACAAUGCCAAACCCUGUCGAUAAGCUAUUGGCCAAGCUUUCCGAGCAACAAGCAGUCCUCAAUCGACAACACGAAGCUUUGAGAAAUUCAGAUGACUAUGGCCCGGGAAAUUCACGCACCGUUGACUACAAUUCCGCUCCUACUUCAGUCCCAAUUACACCUGCCACCGAGACUUUUGACUCAGGCACGGCUACAACUGCUCCCACUACUCGUCCUCAAAGUCGUGGUGAUGGUGACAAUCAGCCUAGCGCGGAAGAGGUCCUCCGUCUCAAGUAUGAGCUUGAGGCUGCAAAGGGAAGAAUUGCACGCAUGGACCAGGAGCUUGCACAAAACCGCAUUACAAAGCACACUAUCGAUCAAGCUAUCGGUAGUGUUUCCGAAGCUGACUUUCCUCUCGGAAAUGUCUCUGACAACACCGCCGAUAUCCCUCAAAGCCACUUCCGUCCCCAAGUGGCUCGUGAAAGCUCCUGGGCAACUCAGGAAGACGCACACUCCGAUCAUAGUGAUGCUCUUUCUGCGAGUGGUUAUAAUCGUACUCGGGCUAUUUGGGGUAACAACAAGCCAAAUUUCCCAAAUGCUCCACCAUUGCCUUCUUUUCAACCUUCUGAUCCACAUACUACUGGGCAGUGGAUGGGCCGUGGUAGUUGCAAUCAGCCCUUUGUUGAAUCGAGCAUGUCGUUUGGCGGACCACCUCCAAACUCCUUUCGUGGCGAGAGAUACGAGCAUGAUAUGUCAAUGCCAGGUGGCGGAGUUCGCCGUACUAACGGCAGCAGAUUCCAUAAUCGUAAUCUUGGUUCUGUACCUUACUCCAGCAGCUCAAGCUCCUUCGAUGGCUUUACACCUUCUUCAAGCUCGUACGGAUCCAUGGGUGGAGUUCCAACUCCACUGGGAAGCCAGAUGAACAUUGGUGUGAAUAUGGGAAGUGGAAUGUACUCAGGCUAUCAACCUCAGCCAAUCGGCACACCUCUGUCGCCACAUGCACCAGAGUUUACUUCGGCCAGUGGAACAUGGAAAACUGAAGUAAGAAUCAAAUAAUUCAUUGGGCCCCAUUUACUAAUCAAUCUUUAGUCGGUCGCUAACGAAGGUCACCAAACUUAUCUACCAACCACUGAGCCACUGAAUUACCGUCGUCUUUUAGACCGCACUGUGAACUGUAACUGGAAGUAUAUUGUGGACAAGAUUGUCUGCAACAACGAUCAGCAGGCUUCAAUCUUCUUGCAACAAAAGCUUAAGGUCGGUACAACCGAGCAGAAAUACGAUAUUGUUGAGGCUAUUGUUGCGCAGGCUUAUCCUCUAAUGGUCAACCGCUUUGGUAACUUCUUGGUUCAACGAUGCUUUGAGCACGGUACUCCAGAACAAGUCAUCAAGAUUGCGGAGGCUAUCCGUGGUAAUACUCUAAAUCUGUCCAUGGAUGCUUUCGGCUGCCAUGUCGUCCAAAAGGCCUUUGAUUCUGUUCCUGAGGAUUACAAGGCCAUCAUGGUUCAUGAACUUCUUCGCAGAAUCCCUGAGACUGUUAUUCACCGAUAUGCUUGUCAUGUUUGGCAGAAGUUGUUCGAACUUCGUUGGACCGAGUCGCCUCCUCAGAUCAUGAAGUACGUCAAUGAAGCCCUUCGUGGUAUGUGGCACGAGGUUGCUCUUGGUGAGACAGGUAGUUUGGUUGUUCAAAACAUUUUCGAAAACUGCCUCGAGGAAGACAAGGUAUGUUUUCAAUUCACCUGUUUUCGAACUGAGUUUAAUUGUGACACAGCGUCCCUGCAUUGAGGAAGUUCUUGCUAGCAUUGACAUCGUCGCCCAUGGACAAUUCGGCAAUUGGUGUAUUCAACAUAUCUGCGAGCAUGGAGCACCAGCUGAUCGUAGCCGAGCCAUUGAUCAUGUUAUCCGCUAUGCUUCUGAAUAUAGCAUGGAUCAAUUCGCAUCUAAGGUUGUUGAGAAGUGUCUUAAGAUUGGCGGAGUCGAUUUUCUUGGCCGUUACCUUGAUCGUGUAUGCGAAGGCCGCCUUGAUCGUCCCCGCAUUCCUUUGAUUGAUAUCGCCAGUGAUCAAUAUGGUAAUUAUCUGAUCCAGUAUAUAUUACAACACUCCAACCCUCAACAUCGGGAAAUUGUCGCUUCUCACAUCCGCAAGCACAUGGUCUCCCUUCGUGGUUCCAAGUUUGGCUCUCGAGUUGGUAUGCUCUGCACUAACCCUGCCCUCCAGACUCGUCCAGGUCCAGGUUCUGGUCCUGCUAUCAGCAGCGCUCCACCACCACGCAUGCCACCAGCAAAUGUUCGAUAUGGUGGUGCUUACCGCUAAUUUCUUCCGAGCCCUCAUUUGCAUUUGCUCCUUCGUCAUAUUACCUUUUGUGUUCUGGGUCUCCUUGCGAUCUUUACAAAGACAUGAUUUUAUGCAACCAAGAUAAAAAUACAACAUAUCCUCCGGGUUUUUUGUUUUCCGGCUUUCAGUCUCUCAUAUCUAUGGACUCUUCCCAUUGGUUCUUCUUUGCCCUGCAGAUACAUGGUCAAGCUUGUGUUGUGCAACCUUUCGCCUUAAACUGGGGUUUCCCUUUGUCGAAUUACGAUAUGUCCAUUCUGUUUAAUCAACAUUAUCUUCGAAAAGUUAUUCUACCAUAACGAGUCAUCCUAAGCUGGGGACUAUCUUCAGUGCUUUGGACAGAUCAUAAUUACUACUUUUGCAUUACAUUAUGCGAGGGGUGAUAUAUCUUCGAGGCUUUUGUCGCCAAAAUCUGAUCUUCUUAUCGACUUUUGCAUCAUCCAUGU